UCACUCAUACACUUCUGCAAAUUAGCUCACCAGCAACCACAUCACAAAUUUCCCUACAUCUUUCCGGUUCGAUUUCCUGAAGCAAUAUGUCCGGCCGCGGCAAGGGAGGCAAGGGGCUGGGUAAAGGAGGAGCUAAGCGCCAUCGCAAGGUUCUCCGAGACAACAUCCAGGGAAUCACGAAGCCGGCGAUUCGGCGCCUCGCUCGCAGAGGUGGUGUGAAGAGGAUCAGCGGGCUCAUCUACGAGGAGACUCGGGGCGUUCUCAAGAUCUUCUUGGAGAAUGUCAUCCGCGACUCUGUCACCUACACGGAGCACGCCCGCCGCAAGACCGUGACGGCCAUGGACGUCGUCUAUGCGCUCAAGAGGCAGGGUAGGACUCUCUACGGGUUCGGCGGUUAGGAGAAAUUCAAAUUCCAGGGCCCUAGUGAGAGAGAGAGAGAAGGAAGUCUUGCUGUCGUGACAAGAAAGAGGAAGCUCGUGGAAAGAUGAUAUGACUAGCUUAGGGUUCAUGUACUUUUCCUUUUUUUUUCUCUAUCUUGUAAUUGAGUUCUUCUGCUAGUAAUGGAUUCUUGCAGUUCAUGCUUGAAGUAAAAAUUCGGUUUAUUUACUGUUUUACUAAAUCGCGUUAUCCAUCAGUUAAUACAUUUUAAGCCUGGUA